CUCUCUUUCCCUUUUCUUUCGGGGAGAGCACAUAUCUCUGGCGGUUUGCCGCAUGGAAGUCGCCCAGGCAAGGCAGAACAUCAUCUGUCUGAUUCGGACUCCUUCUCUCCAGUUGCCGACCACUGGACUAGGAAGACGCACUAUCACUCUCACAUUUACUUGGAUGCAACGGGAUAUAACUGCAUUUAUCUGCUGACCCACUGACAGGAGAGUCUGAAUCCCGGCUUCAUUCCAACAUAAGGAGAAAUGUUUUUUCACUUAGAAUAAAAUUUCUAAGAAAAAAACAAAAACAAAACCGCCAGGAUUGUCGGUUUGUUUCGUGCGUAAAAAGCCGCAGUUUUGAAGCAUUGCGCGCCUCUAAUUAAGGCUUGUGUUUAUUUUCUUUCUUUCUUUUCUUUUAUUUAUUUUUUUCUUCUAUUUCAUCCCCUGCACAGACUAACCUGAGUGGGGACUUCCACGGUAUGGAACCCUGAAUUCACAAAAAAAAAAAAAAAAAAACGACCCACCGGAAGGAAUGAAAGUAGGAGACUCCGUCGCCGCGGUGGAAUAUUAAUAACCUCAUCCUAAUAAUAAUAAUAAUAAUAAUUCAGGGGAUGUUGCAGCAGAGUUUGGGACUCUAGAGAGCAUCCCAACUUUUUGGUCUGUGUUUAUUCAUCUUCUUUGCUUGUGGGACUUCCAUUUUCCUGACUGAUUUGCAGUACUUCAACAUAGUCAUGGACCGGUCGACGUCUUUGGAUAUCGAAGCGCUCAAGAUGACCCAGGAGCAGUACAUCCUUGCGGCACAGCCUAAUCCACUCCACCAGCGGGGAGCAUCGGUAUGUGGUGCCCAGGUUUAUCCAGCAGUGGGAAUCUAUGGCUGGAGGAAGAGAUGCUUAUACUUCUUCAUCCUCCUCCUCCUUGUCACCAUGAUUGUCAACUUGGCGCUGACCAUCUGGAUCCUCAAAGUCAUGAACUUCACUCCGGAUGGUAUGGGAAACCUGCGGGUGACCAAGGAAGGAGUAAGACUGGAGGGAGUCUCUGAAUUUCUAUUACCUUUAUAUGUCAAAGAGAUCCAGUCUCGCAGGGACAGUCCAUUGAUCCUCCAGUCGGACAGGAAUGUCACUGUCAAUGCAAGAAAUGAUCAAGGACAACUGACCGGUCAGCUCACCGUGGGCUCAGAGAUGGUGGAGGCCCAGUGUCAGAGGUUUGAGGUGAGGAGUUCCGACGGAGAGAGGGUUUUGUUCUCUGCGGAUGAAGAGGAGAUUAGCAUCGGCACCGAGAAGCUCCGAGUCACAGGGAAUGAAGGCGUCGUGUUUAGCCAUUCUGUGGAGACAUCACAUGUAAGAGCAGAACCCUUCCAAGACCUAAAGCUGGAGUCGCCAACACGGACCUUGACUCUGGAGGCUCCCAGGGGGGUGGAGGUCAAUGCAGGAGUGGGAGACUUCACAGCAUCCUGUAGGAAAGACCUUCUCUUGCAGUCUUCAGAAGGAGAGAUCUUGUUAGAUGCCAACACCAUCAGGCUGGGCAACAUUCCCCUCGGCAGUGCAGUUGACCCCCUGGAGGGGGCUCCAGCAGGUACCACCUACACCAAACAGACUGUAUACGAGCUUUGCGCUUGCGCCAAUGGCAAAGUCUACCUGUCUCCAGCUGAGAAAGGCUCUACAUGCCAAACCACCAGUAACUUUUGUCUCUGGAGCUGAAAGUGGGAGGUGGACAGACACCUGGGACAUAUGGACUCAUAGAGUUGAAGCUGAUGCUAGCCAACAAACUGAAUCAACAUGGACUGCGGUAUGGUGGGAAGCGAAAGCCAGCUAACAGACCGAAUCAACAUGGAUUGUGGCGUGGCAGGAAGUUCAGGUCUGUCAACAAUAUGGAUUAAAGCUUGGAAGGAAGCUAGUGCUCGCUAAAAGACCAAAUCUUCAUGGACAGUGCUUUCGUAUGAGCCAAUGCCUGCUGAAGGACUCGACCAAUGUGGACUGCAGCUUGGCAACUUGCCAGCUCACCGACCAAAUUAUUCCUGGAUUGGUCAGUAACGUAUGCUAGUCAAGACAACAGAUGAAUUGGUGAAAAGCAAAACACUCGGUUAACUGGUGGCUAUGAUGUUUCGUCCAUUCUUGGACAUGACGAAGUGGCAACACUUCAGAGCUUUUGUUGUUGUUACUGUCAUGACCGUUUCUGAACUGAGUACAUAUGGGAGUGAACUAACAGCAGCGAACUCUCCCACAAUAAAAAAUAAGUUGGUGUUCAUAUGACCAAAAUGUCCUGGAAAUUAAUCAUCUUGUUAGGAUGAACAGAUAUGGUGUUGGAUUGUGAAGUGUCCAUCAGUGGCAUGGACUAGGACUCUUCUGUGUCUGCCUCUGUCCAUCUGUAAGGACUAUGGUUUAGCCCUCUCAGUAACUAACAAAUAAAUCAGAAAAUGUUUUAGUCUAGAGUGAAGCUAAGGCUAGCUAAUGGACCAAUCUAUACCAGAAAGGCCUUCCCCCUCCUGCCCCCUCUAGUCUUUUAUCCCUAACACUGACAUUCAAUCCCCUUGCAUCAACUUAAACAUAAACCUGACUGUCUUUGACCCCUUUUUCAUAGGAUAACUAAUGCAAAUCCCUUAUGUGUUGUUCCUUAGCCACGCAUUGCAUUCAUUCUAGUUUUCUUGCCCCAUGUAUUGUUUAGUUUUUCACAUCAUUUAAUGAAACACACAAACACGUCUAUUAAUUUUCUGAAGGUCACACUACUUCUAUUCUAAGUUUCUUUUCUUCAUCAGAAAAGUUUUACUUAUCUCAUUCUACCCUAUUCUUUUCCCCUUCACUGUCUUUAUAAUCCUUUAUCUUUAUAUUUUCAUCUCUCUGCUACUCUCUUUUAUCCAUUCUCCAUGCUCUAGUUAGCUUUUUCUGUCUAUGCACCUUUCCACCGGACUGAUACAAGGAAAAAGAGACCGCAUUCUCCGUUCAAUUUUUUUUUUUUUUACCACUGAUGCGGUUUG